AUGACGCGCGCACAGCAGACCAUCUCCAUUGCGCUCCUCCUCUAUCUGUCUCUGUACCUGCAGCUUAUUCCCCUGCCCGACAUCAUUCAGCAGGAGAUCGUCCCGGUGCUCCCCUUCUGGGCUCUCGUUUCCCUCGGUGCUUACCUGCUCGUUCGUCUCGGCUGGGGUGUCUUCACUUUCAACGACUGCCCUGAUGCGUACAAGGAGUUGAUGGGCGAGAUUGAGCUGGCUAAGAAAGACCUCCGCACACUGGGCGUCGAUGUGGACUAA